AUGGCAUUUUAUUUGUUUCCCUCAACCCCUCCCCCCAAGUUAUACAACCUUGAUCCAAAGAGCUUAAAUAAUACGGGAAAAGCUGGACAGGAAUGUCUCUUUUUCAAUCGCAUCGAAAAAGUUGGCUCCCAAUCUUUGAUGACACUGCUACGACAGUUGUCUGUCGUGAAUAAUUUCACACCCUAUCACAAUCAGGAGCAUAUAGUCAGUCCAAAGCUACUAACAGACGAUGAAGAACGCGAUGUAGCCGAAGAAAUAUCUGAGGUGGCCGAGCCAAUGUCUUAUGCCGAACACAUCAAUUGGAUAAAUUUUACCAAACAUGAUUUGCCAAAACCUAUCUAUGUAAAUAUGAUACGCCAUCCGAUACAAAAGGUGAUCAGUGCCUAUUAUUAUGUCAGACAUCCAACUGUAUUUGGUUAUUAUGUCAAACAUCGUAAUCGUAAAAUGGAAACUAGAGAAUGGUUCGAUACCACAUUUAAUGAUUGUGUUAAACAGGCCAAGAUACCGGAAUGUAUAUUUGAGCCGCAUAACGACUAUAAUGCCGAUUGGCGGCGUUUAGCAUUGCGUUUGUGUGGAAGUCAUCCGGAUUGCAAGAACUUUAAUUCACCAACUGCCACACAAAUGGCCAAACAAAAUAUAGAACGUGAAUAUGCUGUUGUAGGUUCCUGGGAAGAUACAAAUAUUACCCUGACCGUAUUGGAACAUUAUAUACCGCGAUUUUUCCGUGGCGCCACUGAAAUGUAUUAUAGUGAUAAAAGUGGUAAAUUCAAGAAAAAUGCAACACCCCAUAAUACCGAGUUGGAACCCGAGGUUGAGGCCAAAUUGAAAAUACAAUUUGCCCAUGAAAUUGAAUUGUAUAAUUUCUGCAAGCAACGUUUAUACAAACAAUAUAUUGCCAUUAAGAAGGAAGAACUUAUGGAGAAAUUUAAUUGA